UCAGGAUAGUGUUGCCUUUCUGAAAAGAGUGGAGACGCAGCCCUCGGUCCCUCGGGGUAUGUGACUCAAGCCACGACCCCGCCUCGCUGCCCCCAGUGCCCGGCGCUAAGACCCAGCGGGCGCGCCGGCCAGGCUCGGGCCCCUGGGCCCGCCCGCCGGGCCGGGCCGCCAGCUCGCGGAGGGGAGAGCCAGCCGGCGCGCAGCGGGGCAUGGCUCAGGCGGCGUGGGGGCUGCUGUGGCUGCUGCUGGGCAGCGCCGGGGCGCAGUACGAGAAGUACAGCUUCCGGGGCUUCCCGCCCGAGGACCUGAUGCCCCUGGCCGCUGCCUACGGGCACGCGCUGGAGCAGUACGAGGGCGAGAGCUGGCGCGAGAGCGCGCGCUACCUCGAGGCGGCGCUGCGGCUGCACCGGCUGCUGCGGGACAGCGAGGCCUUCUGCCACGCCAACUGCAGCGGCCCCGCGCCCCCCGACCCCGACGGCGGCCGCGGCGACGAGUGGUCGCGCGAGCUGCGGCUCUUCGGCCACGUCCUGGAGCGCGCCGCCUGCCUGCGGCGCUGCAAGCGUUCGCUGCCCGCCUUCCAGGUGCCCUACCCGCCGCGCCAGCUGCUGCGCGACUUCCAGAGCCGCCUGCCCUACCAGUACCUGCACUACGCGCAGUUCAAGGCGAACCGGCUGGAGAAGGCGGUGGCCGCGGCCUACACCUUCCUCCAGAGGAACCCGAAACACGAGCUCACCGCCAAGUAUCUCAGCUACUAUCGCGGGCUGCUGGACGCCGCCGAUGAGCCCCUUACGGACUUGGAGGCCCAGCCCUACGAGGCCGUCUUCGUCCGGGCUGUGAAGCUCUACAACAGCGGAGAUUUCCGUAGCAGCACUGAGGACAUGGAGCGUGCCCUGGCCGAGUACCUGGCCGUCUUUGCCCGGUGUCUAGCUGGCUGCGAGGGGGCCCACGAGCAGGUGGACUUCAAGGACUUCUACCCAGCCAUAGCAGAUCUCUUUGCAGAAUCCCUGCAGUGCAAGGUGGACUGUGAGGCCAACUUGACCCCCAACGUGGGCGGCUACUUCGUGGAGAAGUUUGUGGCCACCAUGUAUCACUACCUGCAGUUUGCCUACUACAAGUUGAACGACGUGCGCCAGGCUGCCCGCAGUGCCGCCAGCUACAUGCUCUUCGACCCUGAAGACAAUGUCAUGCAGCAGAACCUUGUGUAUUAUCGCUUCCACAGAGCCCGCUGGGGCCUGGAGGAGGAGGACUUCCAGCCCAGGGAGGAGGCCGUGCUCUACCACAACCAGACAGCUGAGCUUCGGGAGCUGCUGGAGUUUGUGCACAUGUACCUGCAGUCAGAUGAUGAGCUGCUGUUGUCUCCCCGCUCCAUGUUCUCACGCCCCCCUUCUCCACGUGUCGGAAUCUCACUUCUGCCGGGCUCAGCUCUGGUGGUGCCUACUCCAGGAAGCCCUUGCUGCACGUCCUGGCUCUGUCUCCUGGGCUUGCAGUGCCUACUUGACCCUAGGUGCCUCCUUGGACUGGAGUAUUUGCAGCCCUCAUCCUCGUCCUCAUUCUGCCCCAUCUCCUAGAGCAGGGGUCCCCAACCCAUGGGCCACGGACCAUUAGCGGUACAUGGCCUGUUAGGAACUGGGCCGCAUAGCAGGAGGUGAGCGGCAGGCAGUCAAGCGAAGCUUCUUCUGUAUUUACAGCCGCUCCCCAUCGCUCACAUCCCUGCCUGAGCUCCGCCUCCUGUCAGCUCAGCGGUGGCAUUAGAUUCUUACAGGCGUGCAAACCCUAAUGUGAACUGCGCAUGCGAUGGGUCUAGGUUGCGCGCUCCUUGUGAGAAUCUAAUGCCUGAUGAUCCGAGGUGGAGUUGAGGCGGUCCCAUCACCCCCAGAUGGGACCAUCUAGUUGCAGGAAAACAAGCUCAGGGCUCCCACUGAUUCUGCAUCAUGGUGAGUUGUAUAAUUAUUUCAUUAUUUCCAUGUAAUGAUAAUAGAAACAAAGGGCACAAUAAAUGUAAUGAACUUGAAUCUUCCCAAAACCAUUCCCCCCCACCUCCAUCCAUGGAAAAAUUGUCUUCCUUGAAACAGUCCCCAGUGCCAAAAAGGUUGUGGACCGCUGUCCUAGAGGACUGUGCUCCAGGACAGGGACCAGGUUAUUCCCAGUUCUCCCACAGGACCCGGCGCACAGCUGGUGCUCCAAAACUGAAUUGAACGAACGCAGGAUGCCAGGAAGCAAGGACCACAGUGUGCUACGACACUGAUUCUGAAUGAGGGUUUGAGAGCCUGAGUCCUCGGAGGCUCAGUGCUGCCCAGUGCUUAUUUAUCCAUCCCCUCCACUGUUCAUGCAGCCAGCCGCCCCCCCUCUUCAAACAGAGGGCCGGGUCUGCUCUGUGAGCCCCCAGACUUGGCUCCACCACUUCCCAGUGGGGCGGCCUCCAGGCAUGUCUUAAGUUACCCUCAAACUUCCAUUUCUUCAUCCCUUGCCUGGGGAGAAUAAUGGCCAUCUCAUCCUGUUGUGGUGAGAAUUCAGUGAGAUCCUCAGCACGUAAGGCACUUAGUGUAGAGCUGGCACAUAGUAGGUGCUCAGGGGGAGGUAGCCAUUCUGAUACUGGUAGUUGUUGCUUGCUGUUUGCCAGACACUGCUUGGGGCUGUGGUAAAUUGAUGAAAGGCACGGUCCCUCGUCCAAGCAGCUCACAGUUGGUUUAGUGCAAUGGGAGAGCGCAGCAUGGGGCACUGGACGAGGACUCCAGACCCAGCCAGGGUCAUCAGCAAGGGCUGCGUCCUGGAGCUGAUGCCUGGCGUUGGAGGCGGAAACAAGGGCCAUCCAAGCACAGGGGAGUGAGGGCGUUCCUGGCCGGGAAACAGCAUGAGCAGACAGUAUUCACAGAUGCAGUAUUGCCCGUGUAUUUGUGCUUAAAAGGUGGGCUGUGAAGAGGGAGAAGGUACGCCAACCCUGAAUAUCUGCCAGUGGAGCCCCAGGCAUCAGUUCAGGGAGGGGGGCAGUUUGGGAACAGGACUUUGGGAGAAACCCUCCAAUCGUUCCUCUGUGAGAUCUUGAGUGAGACUGGGAAGGAGGGGUUUGGGACCGAGAUGGUUUGGGAGGGUCCCUUGGCCAGGAAGGGAUCUGAUCUGGGCUUGUGCCUGCUAUGACCUGGUUUCUCCUCCCAUCCUGGGG